AUGCCACUUGAAAUCAUCGGCGCUGGUUUUGGACGUACGGGAACAAAGUCCCUUCAACUUGCUUUGCAGCAACUCGGCUUUCCGUGCUAUCAUAUGACCGAGGCAAUCCAACAUCCAACGGAUUUUGCGGUGUGGACAGAUGCUCACGAUGGAAAACAAGUCGACUUGACCCAAAUCUUCAACAAAUAUACGGCCACGCUGGACUGGCCGGCAUGCGAUUUCUGGAAGGAGCUCAUGGAGGUCUAUCCAAAUGCCAAAGUCAUUCUCUCGGUGAGAGAUGCGGACACGUGGUACGAAAGCGUAAGGGAGACCGUAUAUAAAUUGAAUAUGCUCCCGAGAAGCAUAAUUCAGAAUUACCCAGACAUAGUCAACGUCAACGAAUAUUGCCAACACAGCAUUUGGGGUUUGGGAGGAAACUUCAAAGGCCAGUUCGAGAACCCGGCAAUCGCCAAGAAAAUCUUCCGUGAUCGCCUCGAGGAGGUCAAGCGUAGCGUGCCCUCGGAAAAGCUCCUCGUCUUCGAGGUGUCGCAAGGUUGGGAACCCUUGUGCAAGUUUUUGGAACGCCCAGUACCCAAUGAACCCUUUCCUCGAACCAACGAGCGGGCUCUCUUCCAGAGCAUGAUCCAGGAUAUCAUGACUGGCAGACCGAUUGACAAACGGCCGAAUUUUCCAGAUCUUCGGCAGAACAUUGGCGAGGCUGGGAAGGUGGAUGGUGUAUCAGAGAAUUGA